UAGACGGUGUGUGACGUGUCCUUCGCUCCAGAGCUCCAAGCACUCUACCUCGUUGCAGACCUCUGAAGUGCAGCUCUCUAAACAUGACGACCGUCGGCGAAAGCUCUUGUUCUCCGCCAAAAUCCGCAGACGGCGACAAGCCGGUGGUCGUCAGGGUUAAGCGCAAAGCCUCUCAGUCUCGUCUCGACGCUUUAUGGCUUGAAAUCAGUGAGAGACCGCUGAAGCGUCCGUUGUUAGAUUUUGAGAAUUUAUCAAUCUCUGAUUCAUCUAGGAAAGAGGAAUUCAAGACUAAGAAGGUUUUGGUACAGCAUGUGGAGACAGUAAGAAGCUCUGAGACGGCCAUUGAUGUUGUCCAGUCAUUUGUGGAGCCCAAUUCCGUUGAUGCAUCUGAAGGUAAAACAAAUUUUGAGGAGCGAAAGCGCACUUUUAAAAAGGAAAAUCAGAGACAAGGUCAGCUGUUAUCUAAAGCCAGACAAGAACAGGAGGUCUUAGCAAAAAAUGCUCGGUUUGAACAAAUAUGGAGGAGCAGAAGAGGAAACAAAGAGGAAACACAUAAUAAAGCAUUAGAUGAAAUGUGUCGGUUUUAUGAUGUUGUUCGAGUUGAUGUUGAGGAAAGAUCCAAUAAGGUGCAACAACAGGAGGAUAUAUCUUUGGAGGAUCAGAGGCUUUUGUCUAGUUAUCUGCCUCUACUAAGAGAGUUCAUUCCAGCUGCUGCUUCAGAGAUUGAAUCUGACUUGCAUGUUAGCAUGUCCGAACAAGAUGAUUAUGUAUACGACUUUUACACUACAAGGGAUGACAUGGUCAUAGCUCAUGAAGAUGUUCCAAUUCCUCUUGUACAAGUUGAUGAGGACGAUUUUUAUGAUGGGCCUGACGAAUCAGAAUAUGAUAGUGAUGAUUCAAAUGCUGAAAAUAAUCCUCGACACGAUUAUCCGGAUGAGAUAUCUGAAGAGGAAGUGGAGAGUAGCGAAGCCUCAGAAAAUGAGUCAGAAGAAAGCGAGAGUGAAAAUAAUAGAUCUUUGAAAUCUGAGGAUUUAGACCAGCAUGGCUUGUUAGAUGAUGCAGAACUCUCAGAAAAUGAGUCAGAAAAGGAAAGUGAGAUUGAAAAUAAUAGAUCUUUGAAACCUGAGGAUUUAGACCAGCAUGACUCUGAGAUUGAUGAUCAUUUUAACUAUGGCGGUGAUGAUUUUGACUAUACUGAUGAUGAUGAUGAUGAUGGUCAUGAUGAUGAAGGGUGGAGAUAGUUUUUGUGAAUGAGCAUUAGCUUUGAUGGAAAACCAAUCUUGUUCUUGCAAAGAUUUGUGAUUUUGGCCCUUGAAAAUGCUGUGAUUACUGCUCCGAAGUCUGAAAGAGUUGUUAGGAAGGUAGUCUAAUGAGUUCGAGGUUUAGGAAUAUAAACUUGUACAGACUUUGGACAUGGGCCUAGCAAUUCAGGGUGCUUAAUGGACAUUGCCGAUUUGUUCUCUUGGAUCUUCCUUGAGACAAUGAAUUAUGGCUGCUUAUGUAUUUUCAGUUUUAUCUGUUACUCUUCUCUGAAAAAGAGUAAUUUGCGGACACGUGUUAAUAUGUGAUUGGAGUUAUGUCGGUACUAAAAGAAAAUUUAACAUUCUUCAAUAUGAUCUUCUGAGGAGAACAUUUUGUUAGAAAUAGUAGAUGUAUAGGGCAAGUAUCAUCAUCACAUUUGAAUUAUUAGUAGCUUCACAAGUGUUCUAUCACAUUUGUUACUCGAAUUACAAUCAAUUUUGACAAUAAAAUUGUUGAGAUCUCUAUC